AUGGGUUCAAAACUGUCGGCAAACCAGAAUCAACUACUAAAACAAAAAAAAACAGUCUCAACAAACACAACUCAACCAACGAACAGUUUCGAGAUCUUAAAUUCAAUCACCGAUGAAGAUGAUGAAUCUGUGUUUGACAACGAUGACGAAGAUUUACGAAUAUUAAAGGAAAUAGAAGCGCAAUCAACACCUACAAUUGCUGAUUACAUUGAAAUCAACUCAAAACUUAAAGCUUUUAAAUCCAACACCAUCCCAAAGAAGAAGUCUCUCAGGACUACUAAUAUUCAAACAAUUCCAUCAAUCUCCCUCCUCAACAAAACAAUAGAUUCAAGAAUUGCCAAAGGGCCUAAAACUACAUUAAACUCAAAAAAUAGUGCCACAAAUAUCGAGAAUAGUGCCACUAGAUUAGUUUCACGUGAACCAAGAUUAUCUACAACAUCCCUUUCCACAACCUCAUGA